AUAAUUGAUGACAGCACAUCUGUUGCUAUGGUAACACUAGGAGGAAGUAGUGUACAGAACCUGCUCCAGAUGUCACAUGACCAGUGGAAAUGUCUAGAAGAAGAAGUUAGCCAAACUGGAGAAGUGUUUAUACAGCAGUUCAAUCCUACUCUAACUACAUCAGUAGAAAGGUUUGUCUACAUGCUGUGUGACAACCAUGCUGUAAAACAGACCUGGCUUAUGACAUUGAGAACAAGGUCAUCAUUAGACAUCAAUAAAAUUGGCCAUGAUGAGUUUUGUAUGAAGACGUUUGACACUGGGUCAUCUAGGAUUUCCACACAAUGUUUACCAUUUCUACAAUUAGAAUGUGUGGCCAUGAACAUAUUUGAACCCUCUGUUUGGGCUAUACAUCGCCUCAGUGUCAAGUAGUGAUGAGCUGAUAAAUCAUGAAGUCAUAAAUCAAUGGUACACAGUAUGGCAUGACAGCCAGAGAAAAUUGGGAUUCAUGAAAGGAUUCUGAUGUCCAAAAUACAUACCUGAAAUAAGCUAUAUGUGUUGUUGGGUUUGUGUGACAGAAAUGUGUCCAGUUUAAAAAAUUAAUGGUCUGCAGAGAUAUCAGUGUGAAGAAAGUGAUCAUUCAUGGAUGAAUGACCCUAUUUAUUUAUUUAUUUCCUCCAAGACUUGGCAAUAUGUGCAAUAUCAGAAUUUAAUCAAGUGUACUUGACAAUUACGCUAUUUUUUUACCAAAUAUCAACUUACCAACACUAUAGUAAUUGUGAGAAAUUAAUUUAUUUUAAUACUCGAAAAGAUUACAACUAAACCCUGCUUUAUACCUUUUAAUUACUACACGAUAAGAUUUUAUAUUGCAGUGUUAAUAUUUUAAUGUUACAACUCAAACAAGUAAACGGUUUACUAAAUGAA